CCGAAUGCGGAGCUCACGAUGAAGCCAGCCGUUCCGCCACGACCCACCAAGGCCGAGAAGGACAAAAGCAUUUUGGUCGAGAAUCCGGUGUUCGAAGCUAAUCCGGCUGAAAUCUCGGAUGUAUAA